UUAAAAGUACCAGUAAGUUUUGACUCUCAUUAUUUUCUUGUGGUGCAGUUUCGUGAUCUGAGAGCCUGCCGGUACGUAACAGUAACUCUGCUCUACUGUUUCAGAGAUGUUAUUGUGCAAUAUAUAGACCUCUCUGGCGGUCAGAGCUUGAAAUUGUUAUUCGCGCGCUGCUGUGAAAACAGAAGAUUGUAUGUGCUUGUUUCCAUGGUGUUGCCCUGAAUUUGUGCGCAAUUUAUUGAAACUUCCGUUGAGCUUUCCAUUAUGGACGAAAAUCGUAGAACUGGUGGCUACUUUCGACCUUUGAGUGAUGCAGAGAUUGAAGCAAUUUUGUAUGAGGACAUUCCCUCUGAUAUUUCAGAGGAUACUGACAUCGAAGAUGAUGACGAGAAUGUUAAUAAUUCUGACAAAGCUUUUCCGUGCAAUUUGCAAGAGGCAGAUUGUGAAACAAACUCCACUUGUUCGGAUAAUGAUGCCUCAGAGAGUUCUUUGCCGUUUACAUUUUCACCUCAAUGUGAAUAUUGGACAAAGAGAAUGUGGAGAGACAAACACAUUGAAACAAGGAACUGUGAAUACAGAUAUAGUGAAGGGCCUAUGGAAGAAUUAUUUCAGGAUUGCCUCACAGCUACUGAUGUUUUUAUUUUCAUUUUGAAGCCAAUUGUAGAAGACAUAAUUUUCCAGAGCAAUCUUUACGCAACACAGAAGGGAAAAAUUUUAAAUCUGAAGGAGCAUGAGCUGUUUGCUUUUUUGGGAAUUAAUUUAUUUAUGGGUUACCACAAGCUGCCGUCGUGGAAACACUACUGGUCUGCGUGUGAUGACCUUGGUAUUUCUAUUGUAAGGCGAUGCAUGAGUAGGGACAGGUUUGAUUUUAUUUUGAGUAAUUUACAUCUUAACGACAACACAAAAAUUCCAGAAAGAAACACUGACAAAUUGCAUAAAAUACGCCCGCCUCUGACUGCUUUGAAUAAGCAAUUUAUGUCCAUAUACAGGGGUACUAGAGAACUCAGUAUUGAUGAAUCAAUGAUUGUCUUCAAGGGAAGAAGUAGCAUAAAGCAAUAUAAUCCAUUACAACCAAUCAAAAGAGGCUAUAAACUAUGGGCAAUUUGUGAUCAAAAAGGAUACACACUCAAUUUUGAAGUGUAUCAAGGUAGAAAUGAGACACUGGAGAAGGACUUUGAAGGGUACGGUUUAGGGGAGAGAGUAGUACUGAAAUUGUCUAAACCGUAUUGGGGUCAGUACAGAAAAUUGUACUUUGACAAUUUUUUUACUUCUAUUCCACUUUUGGAGAAAUUAAAAUCCGUAAAUACAUUUGCCUGUGGAACAAUUAGAACAAACAGGAAAGGUUUGCCAGCGAAUUUACCUAAAGAAAAAUGUCUAAAGCGUGGGGAAUCAAAUCACAGAGUGUCAUCUUUAGACCUAACAGUAUUUCAAUGGAGGGACAAUAAAGUAGUGUAUUUUGCGUCAAACUUCCAUGGCACUGAACAGAGCGUAGUGUCAAGAAAACAGAAAGAUGGAACUAGUAUGACAAUACCAUGUCCAGCUAUUGUAUGUGAUUACAAUAAAAACAUGGGUGGUGUGGAUCAUGCGGACAGAUUACGUUCAGCUUAUGGUCUUGACAGGCGAUCAAAGAAAUGGUGGCACCGUCUCUUCUGGGGAGCAAUAGAAAUUUCUCUUGUCAAUGCUUACGUCAUUUUCAGUGAUCUACAUGGGGCACUGCCACUGCUGGAAUUCAGGCGUGCUGUGGCACUAGGGCUAAUGAAUGAACAGCAAGUGCCAAAUCUCAAAAAGAGAAACUCUGGUAAAGAUGAAAUAAGUCCCCCAAAGAGAAGGAAAGAUAACUUUUCUGUUCCUAAGGAUGUACGUCUUGGCAACCGAGGAAACCAUUUUGUAGUGUUCAGUUGUAAAAGAGGACGAUGCGAAAUGUGUGCGAAAAAUAAAAUUCAGUCGAGACCACAUUCACAAUGUAGUACAUGUAAAGUGUAUUUGUGCUGCAAUGAGAAAAAGAACUGUUUCCUACAAUUUCAUGAGGUAUCACUAAAUAUGUGAUAUGUAUAUACUGUCAGAAAUGUAUAGCUAAGUUACUAUGUAUUGUAAAGUUGCUCUACAAGGUAAAUU